AUGUCUGAUCUCAUCUUAUCUGAUUUCCCUGCGAUUACGCUUUUCUUCCUAUCCACGAUGACCUCGCCGAACCUCAUCCCGAUCGCAUCCCCAGCACAAUUCCAAGAGGCGUUGUCCGCAGAUCUUGCUCGUGUAUCGCUGAUCUUCUUCUGGGCACCAUGGGCUGCCCCUUGCGAGCAGAUCAGACCCGUCGUUACCUCCCUGGCGGCCAAGUACCCCACGUUGCUCGUGCUGGAAGUCGAGGCCGAGGAACAGGCGGACAUCGCCGAGUCGUUUGAAAUCGAAGCAGUACCUGCGUUCGUCGUUCUUCGCGGGCACACGCUUCUUGGGCGGAUCAGCGGGGCGGAUGGGGCGGCGCUGACAAAGGCGAUAGCGACGCAUCUCGAUCCGGCGUCGGUGACCGCAGACGACGGCGCAGAGAAGAAGAAGGAGGAGUCCAAGGAAGAGCUGGAUGUGCGUCUGCGAGCGUUGAUGACGCAGAGCCGUGUGGUGCUGUUCAUGAAGGGCACCCCGGACGACCCCCGGUGCGGGUUUAGCCGCAAGAUCUCUGCCCUCCUCCGGGAUCAAGGUGUCGAGUUUGCGCAUUUCGACAUCCUGAGUGACGACGGGGUGCGACAAGGUGAGUGGGUUGUCGUUAUCGCUGUGCUUGUCUCUGGGCUGGACCUAAGCGUGGCAUGCAGGCCUCAAACGCCUCAACGACUGGCCGACAUUCCCUCAGCUUAUCGUGGCCGGGAACUUGUGGGCGGGCUCGAUAUUGUCCAAGAAAUGGUAGAGACGGGCGAAUUUGCGUCAGUGGUCAAGGGCGAGUGA